UCUAUUCGUGUUGAGGAAACACGAACAUUGAUUUCUAGUCUUCACACUCUCUCGGGAAAGCCAGUGUUUCUCAAAGACCAUUUACCUCAAUUCACACUUUGCAAUAUGAGUAGGAUGGUUAUGAGUGGCAAGUACUACAAUGAUGAAUCAAAAUCAAAUACUUCAGUAGUAUCACUUGAAAAGUUGCAGUGGAUGCUAGAUGAAUUCUUUUUACUUAAUGGGGUGAUCAAUCUUGGGGAUUGGGUACCUUUACUGAGUUGGUUCGACUCACAAGGGUACGUAAGGAGAAUGAAGGAAUUGGGAAAGAGCUUUGUAGAAUUUCACAACUCUGUGCUUGAAGAUCACAAGGCUAAAGCAAAGGAGAAUUCAGUUCCAAGGGACAUGGUUGAUGUCAUAUUGCAGCUAGCUGAUGACCCUAAUCUUGAAGUUAAGCUUACUAAGGAUCACUUGAUGGGAUUAGUACAUGAUUUGCUGGCAGGUGGAACAGAUACUUCAGCUGCAACAGUAGAAUGGGCAUUUCAAGAACUUUUGAGGAAUCCAAAGAUUAUAGAGAAGGCAAAUCAGGAACUUGACAGAGUUAAUGGCAAAGAACGAUGGGUAGAAGAAGAGGACUUUUGUCGCCUUCCAUAUAUAGAUGCCAUAAUCAAAGAGACAUUUCGACUGCACCCUCUAUGUGCAUUGCUUCCUCCCCAUUACUCAAUUGAGGACUGCAAUAUUGCUGGUUAUGACAUACCAAAGGGAACAACAGUAUUUGUAAAUGCAUGGUCUUUAGGAAGAAAUCCGAAGUAUUGGGAUAGGCCAGAAGAAUUCAUUCCAGAAAGGUUCUUAGAAAAUGACAUUGACAUAAAGGGACAACUUUACAUUGCUGCCAUUUGGUUCAGGAAGGAGGAGGUGCCCCGGAUAUAGCCUUGGGAUUAAGGUCGUUCGGACAACGAUAGCUAACUUGUUGCACGGAUUCAAUUGGAAAUUAGCUGGAGGUAUGAAAGCAGAGGAUAUAAGCAUGGAG